UCAAUCGUUGCAUGCGCAGCGAAGCGCAGACUUGACUCUCGCGAACACAACAGCCAGAAUCGAGGACAUGGGACCGUGAAAGUAUGGCGGAUGCCGAGGAGCCGGAGAAGAAAAGAAGGCGAUUAGAGGACCUGACUGAGAAAAUGGCUGUAGAUGGUGGACACAUAGGCAGCGGUUCUGACUGGAAUGGCCGGUGGAAUCAUGUAAAGAAGUUUUUGGAAAGAACCGGUCCAUUUACCCAUCCUGACUUUGAGCCCAGCACUGAGUCUCUACAGUUUUUGUUGGACACAUGUAAGAUUCUGGUCAUCGGUGCCGGGGGACUCGGAUGUGAACUACUCAAAGAUCUGGCCUUGUCUGGAUUUCGUCUCAUCCAUGUGGUUGACAUGGACACUAUUGAUGUGUCCAACCUCAAUAGGCAGUUUCUCUUCAGGCCUAGAGAUGUCGGUCGACCAAAGGCAGACGUGGCUGCUGACUUCAUCAACAAUCGAGUCCCAGGAUGUAAAGUCACUCCUCACUUUAAAAAGAUUCAAGACUUUGAUGAAUCCUUCUAUAGACAGUUCCAUAUCAUCGUCUGUGGACUGGACUCUAUCAUCGCUCGACGCUGGAUGAACGGAAUGCUGAUUUCCCUCUUGUGUUAUGAAGAUGGAGUUCUGGAUCCCAGUUCCAUCAUUCCCCUCAUUGAUGGAGGGACAGAAGGCUUUAAAGGAAAUGCUCGUGUCAUUUUACCCGGCAUGACUGCGUGUAUCGACUGUACACUAGAGCUGUACCCACCACAGAUAAAUUUCCCCAUGUGCACCAUUGCAUCAAUGCCAAGGAUACCUGAACAUUGCAUUGAAUAUGCCAGAAUUCUGCAGUGGCCAAAAGAAAAUCCAUUUGGAGAGACCGGCUUAGAUGGAGACAAUCCAGAGCAUAUCCAGUGGGUGUUUGAACGCGCCCAGGAAAGAGCUGCAGAGUUCAACAUCACGGGUGUGACGUACAGACUCACUCAAGGAGUUGUGAAGAGGCUUAUUCCUGCGGUGGCUUCUGCUAACGCUGUUCCCGCAGCUGCUUGCGCCACCGAAGUCUUUAAAAUUGCUACAAGCACAUAUAUUCCUUUAAAUAACUACAUGGUUUUUAACGAUGUGGAUGGACUCUACACGUACACCUUUGAAGCUGAACGGAAGGAAAAUUGUUCAGCGUGCAGCCUGGUGCCUCAGGAUCUCCAGUUCCCUCCAUCAGCAAAGCUGCAGGAAGUUCUAAAGUACUUGACGGAGAACACCUCGCUGCAAAUGAAAUCUCCAGCCAUCACUACAACACUGGAAGGAAAGAAUAAGACACUGUAUAUACAGUCAGUCAAAUCCAUUGAGGAACGAACCAGACCAAACCUCUGUAAGACUCUCAAAGAGCUAGGUUUGGCAGACGGUCAGGAACUGGCUGUGGCGGACGUCACCACGCCGCAGACCGUCCUCUUCAAACUCAACUUUACCAACUGAGAUUCUGACACGACACACGGCACUGAAAUGGGACAGACCGAAGUAGAACAGGGUGUUACAUCAUCAGGGUACUGUCUUGUUGCACCUUUGUGGAGAGUGAUUGCAUUAACGAUUACACUCACACUUGUGGAAUGAGGUUGGUUGGUAUUGUUAUUUUGUAUUUGUUAUUUACUUAGUGUAUUCGACUCGUGCUGACUAAUAUUAUUGCUGUUCAACUAUACCUGUGCUGGUGUGCACCCUACUCCAAUAAAAAAUUUUAUUACCAACAUUG